AUGUCCAACAUCCUCAACAAGGUCAAAGACAAGGUCUCUCACUCUGACAACAACAAUUCAGAACCUACUUAUUCCAUCCAACCUCACCCGAAUCCCAACGAUUCAGCCAAUCACACCUUCACUGGAAAUGAUCCCAUCGCCGCACACCACGCGAAGGGCCCCCAUAUUCCUAGUAAAGAAAUACGUGAUAAUUUGGAGAAGCCCUUGAAUCGCGAAGAACUCCGAGCUCGACAGGAAGAGCUCAACCGCGGUAACUGA